UUUUUUCCUCUGGAGAUGGGUCAAAGUGUUCAUUUUAAUUUUAAUUAGUUAGUGGUAGGGUUGUUUCAAGAAGGGAAAAACAGGGGGCACUUUCCUUUGUCCUGUUCUUUGUUCUUAUCGCCAAAACAGGGAGGGAGAGAAAGAAAUAGAACGGCGGCGGCAGCAACAGCAACAGAAGAAGAAGAAGAAGAAGAAGAGAGAACGGCUACGACUUACUGUUCUCCCUUUCUCCAGUUAGUCCUCCCUCUCUCCGAUUUACUAUUCUUUUUCUUCCUGUUCUUGUUUCGCUGUCGUCAAAAACUCAGGCGGGUUGGGGUUGGGGAGGGGAUAAGGAGGGGUAAAAUCGUCUAAUUUGAAGGGAUGUUGAGGAGGAUAACUUAAUAACACCUCAGAUCCUGUCCGAAAAUAAGACCGGCUAAUCCCUCUUCUCCGGUCUUACCGAAGGAGGAGGAUUAUGGAAUACCCCUGCACUUUGCCUUGCCAAACGGGGGAUAGAGAUGGGCCCGAGGUGCUAUUGAGGGGUAUUAUUUAUCCCCCCUUCUUUUACUGCAUCCAAACGAUCCGUUAGGGGAAUCUAACAUUCAACGAGCAGAGACAUUUAGAUAGGAAAGUCGUUCUUUUACUUUUAGCCUCUCAUGUAUCACAAGCUAGAAAAAGAGGAAACCUCAAUUCUAGACCUUUUCUGUAAUUUUGCUCGUCCUCUAUCUGAUCUCUAACUCCCUUUUAUCAGUCUCUUGUUGGAGAGAGAGAUGGGUGACAUUGCUGUUGAUGUUUUUCUGGAGACCUUGAACCAGCUUAUAAUGAGCUCCAAGGUCGAAUCAAUCCAAAAAGAAAAACAUCAGCUCGAAUCUCUUGAGGAGGAGAUAAAGUAUAUGAGAGGAUUCCUCAUGGUUACGGAGAAGAAACGCAAUGAGCAUGCAGAAGUGAUGAAUCUGGUGAGGCAGAUCAAAAACGUGGUAUCCGAGGCAGAGAAUAUCAUAGAACUGUAUGUAGUUCAAGCUUUCAAGGCUAAUCAUGCCCCUUAUUUUCUUCGUCGUCUUCGUCAAUAUCGGAUUUCCCUUGACCUUGAAAGCGUCAAAAAGAAGAUCAAGACUCUCAUGGCUGAGGUGAAGCAGUUUUAUGAUAAGAAUAUGCGUGAAAUUUCUGGAAUAGCAGACAAAAAAUUUGAGCAGUCUUUUUUCAGAAGUGAAGGAGGUUCAAGUUCAUUAGGAGGGAGCAACACAUUCAAAGUGGUAGAAGAGAAGGCGGUGGUUGGUUUCAAGGAGGAGGUAAAGACAGUAAUGGGAAAGCUUCACGACAGUGGAGAGGGUGGACGGCUGGAGAUAAUAUCAAUCGUCGGUGCAGCCGGAGGCGGCAAAACCACUUUGGCCAGAGAAGUUUAUGAUCAUCCUUGGACGUCACAUACCUUUGAAAUUCGUGCAUGGGUCAAUGUUUCUCAAGAUUAUGAUAAGACUAUGAAGAGGAAUUUGUUGAUUCGUAUUUUGCAAUUAGCUUCCCCAAAUGAACAUGGAGAUUACGAGAAGCGUAGUGAGGAUAAAUUGGGGGAAGACACACACAAAUGCUUGAAGGGUAAGAAAUAUCUCAUUGUCAUGGAUGACAUAUGGGGCAUUGAAGCCUGGAAUGAUAUCCAAAGAUCACUCCCUAAGGAACACAAUGGCAGUAAAGUGUUGUUCACUAGUCGACUACUUGUUGAACCAAAUAGCAUAUACUGUUUCACUCAUUGUUUGGCUCGCUUACCAAAAAGACAGAGUUGGGAGUUGUUACAAAAGAAGGUAUUCGGGAAGAAACGUUGCCCACCGAAGUUAGUUGGCAUCGGGAAGCAUAUAGCAGAAAAAUGUGAAGGACUACCUCUUGCGAUUGUUGCAAUAGCUGGCAUUCUGGUAGUGGAAGACAAGACACUCAAUGUAUGGGAGGAAGUUUCCAAACGUUUAUGUUCGAUCAUUGCCAAACGCCAGGAUGGCUGCAUGAAGAUACUAGAACUUAGUUACAAUCACUUGCCUCUCCAUUUGAAAGCGUGUUUUGUUUACAUUGGAGGAUUCCCCGAAGAUUCUGAAAUCCUUGUACGCGAGUUGAUAUGGUUAUGGGUCGCAGAGGGAUUUAUUCAGCAAAGUAAAGGGGAUAAAAGCUUGGAGGCCAUAGCAAAAGAUUACUUAAGCAGUCUUAUUGAUAGAAAUCUAGUAAUGGUAGCUAGGAAAAGGUCCUUUGAAGGAAUUAAAGCAUGCCGUAUCCAUGAUCUUAUUCGUGAAUUAUGCUUGAAAAAAGCCGAGGAGGAUAAUUUUCUUGUGCAAAUUUACAGGGAUGGUACUUUUUCACCUGAUGCUGCAAUUAAGUAUCGUCGUCUCUUCAUUGGCAGCCAGUUCUUUCAUGAGUUUUCCUUAAGGCCUUGUACUCGAAACCUUCGUUCUGUUUUGUGCCUCAGCUUGCAAAACUCCACUCAUUUAUCGUCUAAAAUAAAUCUGUCAUUCUUUGUUAAAAACUUUGAGCUUCUUAGGGUGUUGUGUUUUAUCUCCGCUGAAUGCCGAGGAAAAAUAGGAAGAGGACAUCUUGUUCAUUUGAGAUACUUGGCAGUUCAGUUACCCAAUGACCCAUCGGAGUUUGUAUCGCCAUUUUCCUACUUCUUCAACCUAGAAACCCUUAACCUCCAAGGUCAGUGGGAUACCAUUCCGCUGCCUCGCUAUAUAUUUGAGAUGGUUAAGUUGAGGCAUCUAUAUUCGAAUAUCAUCAUGGCUGCCUUUAUCCUGAUGUAGCAACUGGAAUUGGUUUUGAUUGCUCAUCCAAGUUGGAUAGCCUACAGACCUUGCACCGAAUAUGUCCUUGUGAGGAGUGCCGAAAUUUCUUGGUAAGUACUCCCAAUCUUAGAAAGCUAGGAUUUUGUGGAAAACUAAUAUCCAAUGAUUUUGUUUUGAUGCUCCCCGACCUAGAGUUCUUAAAAUGCCUUGAGACACUCACUUUUAACCAGUACGACUACCACAUCCCGAACGAGGCAAGUACCCUUCCGCCAGUGCUGAAGUUUCCUCUGACUGUUACGCGACUAACUUUGAAGAAUACGGGCUUAAAGUGGGAGGAGCUAUCAAUCCUCCAAACCUUGCCGAGCCUUGAGGUUCUCAAAUUAUCAACAUGGGCCUGUCGGGGACUAAUUUGGAACACAAGUGAACUUGAGGAGGGGUUCUCUCAACUCAAGUACUUGAGGUUGCAAUAUCUGGAUAUCGAGGAGUGGAAUGCUUCCGAAGAUCAAUUUCCAAGACUUGAGGUCUUAGUGGUUAACUAUUGCCCAUAUCUAAAGCGGAUCCCGAUUGAUUUUGCUAAUCUAAAUGAACUUCGUGAAAUUGAGCUAAGGGGGAGCCGUCGCUCUGCGGAGGAAUCGGUCAGGGAGAUACAGGAAGAGCAAAGAAAUACAAGAGGAGAUGAUGGUUGUCUAAGGCUGAUUUUGGCUAAAUAAGUAAGAGCGACUUAUUGUUUUGCCUUUAUUGAAAUUUUCUUCGCAUUUGUAAUUAGUUUUUUAAACUUAUUUUUUGUCUUUAUUUAAAAAAUUAUGAGUUUCGAUCCUAAUUUUUUACUUUUUCAACUGCUGCUCGGGUCUUCACAUAUCUUAUUAAGAUUUAUCAUGAGGAGCAUCACAAAUUAGUCACUAGUGGAGUCUAUACUUUGUUCGUCAUCCAGGAUAUUGUGGGAUUUUCAUUUGGUCGAUUGGCACUCAGAUAAUGAUGUGCAAUCCGAUAUCAACGUUGCAUUUGCCGUAGUUGUUUGGAGCUUCUUUGCGAGACAGAUACCGUAUGAGGAGUAUUUCUUGAGGCAGGCUUUUUGGGUCCGAGUAUGAUGAAUAUGCCCGUCGGGUUCCUUCUGGUGUUCCAUUUGUGAAAUGAGAAUCGAAAGUUAUUGUGAAGUGGGAGAUCAAUCUUCUUGCGAUUCAGAGAGGGGUACGUGGAGGGAGCAUCAAUCAAACUGAUAUCAAGAAGUUAUAGCUAAAAUGUUCAUAAGAUGGAAGCCUUUGGUUUUGACGGUAUCAUUCCCCCAAUAUAUGAAACUUUGAGUUCUCUUGUUAGUCAGUAUGUUAAUUUGUAUUUAGUGCGUAACUUAUUAGUUCACAUGAGAUCAUGCAUCUUACUGGUUUUUCUAUGUGCACAACGCCCCUUCUUACUGGUUUUUCCUGGAACUCUAUAAACACUGCAAGUGCUAGAGCUCGACUCUUCUCCAGAUGUUUUUGCGCAGGAAAUUAAAGCAUUAAAGCUGCCGGAUGAGAUGUGUUAGUCUUUGGUAUAGAAUCACAGUUGCUCUUUGAGUACUGCUUUGUGUGCCUUGAUAUCAAUGAUAUGUGGAGUAGAGCUUGUAAUGGAACAUGGGUGCACUCAGCAGGCAUCUUAAAAUCUUUUGCCAACAAAGUUUAAAAUGCUUCUACAGUUAAUACUUGCAUGCACUUUUUAUACGUAAUGUACUGUCAUUUUAAGCAUCCUCACUAAUGCCCUUGGGGCUCUCGCCAAAAUACAUGAAACAUAGGCUUUUCAAUGUUUAUAGAAGUUUUCUAAUUGGAAAUUAUGAAGCUUCAAAUUUAAGACCGGGCAAGGUCAUGUGUUUUUGUGCUGUGAAGUGUGAACGCGUGACAUGAGACUCCUUAGAAACAUUGCACCAUUCGCUCGUGUGCGUGUAUUUGGUCCUAUGGUUACUUUAUGUGUUUGGCUAUUCCAUCGACAAAUGCUUGUUACUGUGUGGUGAUUCAUUGUCCUGAUCUAGUUGUAAUCUGAUAUGAGAUUGAGAGUUUCUGAUUACUCAUGGAUCUUGGUUUUUGGGUUUCAGAAAGUUCAAAGGUACAUUCGCAGUCUUCUGAAGUAUUUCUGCUGAAUUAACUCAAGCUGGGAACAGUUUGGAGUCUCUUCAUCUCAAUCGAAAGUUCAAGCCAGCAGAAAUCGCUCGACUGGUCUCACUUUUGCUCCAGCAAAUUUCUCUGGAUUUCUGAAGAAACUGUUCGACCGGUGAUUCUGCUCGAGUUCUGCGAAGGACCAACCAAAUCUCUCUCUCUCUCUCUCUCUCCUGCCUGCCGGUUCGAUAUGACGGUUGCAUGCGUUAAAUAACUGGGGUUUGCGUUUGAUUAGAUCGUGGGUAUUGGUUUGGCAUUUGGUUUAUUUGAGCGAUCGGGUUUGAAUUUCUGUGGAACAGCCUUCUUCAUCAUUUCUCACCUUGCCAACCUCUGAAGAUAAACAUUUGAGUGGCCCCAUUGCAACUUCUUGGUUUUAAGUACGAAGCAGUUUGUUCGUUUUUUUGGUUUAAUUUUUGUUAGCGCUUGUCCCAUAUUGGUUAAUUAUGACCUCCAAAGUUAGAAUAAUAGCUUGGAUGGCCUCUCCACUCAUUGCCGGUUGGUUUUGAUGAGUUGAAUGCUUUAACAGUAUUUGUUAUAGGCCAUAUUUGUUUGGCUGGACUAAUAACCAAUGAUACAAGCCAAUAAGAUUAGUAAUCCACCAGAUUACUACCCGACGAGAUCACUAAUACUGCAUCUCCUAGUAUUGUCAAUCUCAUGUUGUUUGGCGAUGAAUACUGAGAGAUAUUGGUUGUGGGAUUAUAGCUAUUGUUCCUCCUUCCUUCUUCCGAUUUUUACCCACAUGCUCUUCUCAUAUGAAUUUUGCUGCCUUCAGUCUGGAUUGUUUUCCCAUCAGAACCGAUGGCAAUCUUCUCUCUCGAGUUCCUGCUGCAAUCUAGGGAUCACUUGGUGAAUGGUGGAGGCAAGCACUUAGAAUCGCUUGCGUAUGCUGCUCUGCCUCUGGAGAACAGUGUCAGGGAGAAAGGCACGCAUCUAGUCGGUGAUUGGAUCUGUGAAAGAUUCCGAUUAGUUGGCUGAGGCCCGAAGAUUGUCAUUGAGUUCCAAAUGAGUAUCAACAGUCUUAUUGAUGACUUGUUAUUGACCAAGAAUACAACAGAUUCCAUUAUGUGACGCUAUUAACACUUCUUCGGGAGCUUGGAUAUAAUACAGGACAGGGAAAAGGAAGAGGGGAAAAAGGUGAGAAGUGAUCCUUUCACGGAGCAACCGAUCCCACCAACUGCAACCAUAGGUCAUGUGGCUGCACUGAAAAGUGGACCCCCGUUCUACAGUUAAUUUGCAUAAGCUUUCUCUUGGUGGGAGGGUGAUUCGGAUUCUGUUAGUCAGACUUUCAGCAAAUUUCUCAGCAUUUGUGAAGAAACAGUCCGACAUGUGAUACUGCUUGAGUUGUCCAAAGGACCAAUCAAAUGAUUUAUAACGCACGCUCUCCAAAUUAAGUUGGGAGAGUAUACGAGAGUGACAAACUCUUGUAGAAACUAAACUAUUCCUUGUUGUUUCUCCCACUCUUGUACAAACUAAGCUAUUGCUAGUUGUUUCUCCGUGUUUUUCCCUCCCCUGCUUUAAGGUUGAAGAGUUUUAAGGUUGAAGAGUGAAAUGAUCCUAUAAAUUAUAAAAGCAGGAGAGAGCAAAGGUGGUACUUGGAGCUUGUGGACCUGAGACUUGAGGGACGGGUCAAAAGCGGGGAGGAGGUUGAAAAACUAGUUCGUGUGGCUUUAUAUAUGUUGUGUGCACACCAAGCCCUGAGGCCGAGCAUGGCUAAUGUUGUUGGCUUGUUGGAAGGUAGAUAUCCAGUGGGUGUGCCGCAGGUUGAGUCCCUCAGCUUUCUGCUGUUUUUGGCAAGAGAAGGACAGAGGUACCAAGAAUCGAAGUGCACAAUGUGAAGAAUGCGUUGGUGCUGUUUCCACAGGCAAAUGCUUGUUCUAAUUGCAGUUCCAGGGGCUCACACAAGUCGUUUUCCUACAUGUCAUCGCAGCAAGUCUCAGGUCCUAAGUAGUCCUUAAUUGAUGCAUGCUCGUGUAAAACGAUAGCUAAUUGGAGCCCUUCUAUUCGCUUUGAAUCAAUGCCAGAAUGGUCCUCCCUUCCGCCAGCAGAAUAGCUAGUUUGAAGUAACCGUUGUUUCCAAGAUCUAUUUUAUGGUGAUUUCGUGAAAAAUCUUGGUGUUACCUUACCGGUUUAUUGACUACAUGAAAUUAAGUUCUUGCAAUUUGUCUUGUCAAAUAAAAUGAACCGAGGAAAAGUAAUUUGCCCCAUUCACCUGCUC